UUGGUUUAAAGGCUUGUGGGAGUUGUCUGUUGGUGACAUUGUGAAGGUUCUGUCUUUUGGCGCAGUUUAUUGUAGAGUUCGGGUUCCUCUGUUGCAUAAUCUUUAUUCAAGAUGUUCAGGUUAAUGGUCUCCCAAGCCAAGAAGCAUCCUAGCUUAAUUCCGCUGUUCAUCUUCAUUGGAUGUGGAGCAACUGGUGCAGCAUUGUAUACUAUGCGGCUGGCCAUGUUUAACCCCGAUGUUUGCUGGGACAAAAAGAACAAUCCUGAGCCCUGGAACAAGCUGGCUCCUAACCAGCAGUAUAAGUUUUUUGCAGUUAAGACCGAUUAUAGCAAACUGAAGAAGGAUCGUCCUGACUUUUAAGUUGUCCUUGAAUGCUGCACAAAGGUCUUCCAGACGCAAGCCGCACAGAGUAAUGGCCAUUUUCUCCAGUUAAGCUAGCCGUACAGCAACCUAUGAAUUUCUUUGCUGGACAUUGUUUGAAUUGUAAUUAAAAAUCUGAUCUGAAGCUAGCCGCACACACCUGUGAAUUUUGUUUUACAUUGUUAAACAUUUAAUUUGGUGUAUUGAAAAUAAACUGUUAAUGUCU